AUGGAGGAGGUAGUGACCAUCACCAAGGCCCCCGCGGUGACGGUGGCAACAACAACGACAAUAGCAACAACACCGUCACCCACGAGUGAUGCUGCUGCUGCCGCCGCCGCCGCCCGCCGCAAGUAUGCCGCCGAGGACGACUGGAAGCGCCACCGCGAGACCAUCAGCACGCUGUACAAGCAGAAGCGCCUCAAGGACGUCAUGUCCUUCAUGGAGCGCGAGCACGGCUUCUUCGCCACGGAGCGCAUGUACAAGGCUCGCUUCAAGGAGUGGGGCGUCGGCAAGAACGUCACCGCCGUCGAAGUCCAGCACCUCAUGCAGAAGCUCGAGCAGGGCAAGACCAAGAACGAGGUCCUCGCCGCCUCCGACCGCGUCGACGUCUCCCGCAUCCAGCGCUACGUCAAGAGGAAGCCCGCCGGCCUGAGGAAGCUGAGGCAGCAGCAGCAGCACCAGGACAGCCUCCACGCCCACCACCCGCUCGAUGUCUUGAGGGCGCUGGCCCAGGAGGAGCCCAAGAGACGCUGUCCGCCGUAUGACCCCGUUAGACGCAUCAUGCACCCCCGGCCGAUCAUCAUGCGUGCACCCGAACAGCUCGAGCUGCCCGACGAGAUCCUCCGGCAACUGCGGACGUUUAUGGAUGGCUGCUACGGACCGGGCGUGCCGGCGAACCUGCGACAAUUAGACGGUGAUUUCCAGUGGCUUAUUGGACGAGAUGAGCUGAUGCUCGACUUUGUGCUCAAGUUCCGACUAGCACACAACCUGAUUGACGAAGGAUACACACGACAGGGAUUCCAGGCGCUGAAUCUCUGCUUCGACCGACUGCGACUGUUCCUCCAGGAAGGCCGGCCCAUUCUACUCCUCUACAUCCUGUCCGCGGCGCUCGAGGCGUCCGAGAGCUUCGGCCGGCCCGAGGUGCUGCAGAUGCUCUUCCGCCACAUGACCGCCCUCGCCGAGAACACGCUGGGCAAGUCACAUCCAACCUCCGAGAUUGCGCGGCGGCUGGGCGCCCUCGAUCGACGCGAGCAAGCACAGAUGCUCAAGCUGACGAGGAGGUUUGCCGAAGGGCAGUUCGCGGGCGACGACAAGAGCAAGGAAGGGUCGACGUCGCCAGGCGGCGUGCCGCCCAACGAGCCGGCGUUCAGCAUCUACUCGCGGACGCUGGAGAUCUCCUCGAUCGGGCUCAAGACGGACGCGGCGCUCGACGGGUUCCGGGCGAUGCUGGCCGACCUCGCGAUCGCGUCGUGCGAGACGCUCGCGUUCUGGGUGCAGAUGCGCAUCGCCAUCGCGCUGUACGACCUCAACCGGCACCAGGAGGUGGAGGACUUUCUGGAGAAGCAGUACCCGGCGGCGUUCGACCUGGGCCGCAAGGCGCCGGACCGCGUGACGCUCAUGCUCAAGUGCUUCAUCGUGCGGGCGAGCCUCAAGGUCCAGGACGGCGAGUGGGCCGCCGCCGAGAAGCUCAUGGGCGAGGCCACCAGCUUGGCGGACCUGACGUGGGGCCACGAGGACGUCGUCACCAAGAAGAUGAAGACGAAGCUGGGCGAUCUGGUGCAGGAGCGCCUGAGGAUGCAGCCUUGCUAUUGA